GUGUGUGUGUGUCUGUGUGUGUGUGUGUGGUUGUGCGCGCGCGCGCACGUGAUGGGAAACAAUGCUCCUUUUAAAAUUCUUUUUAAAAGGAUAAAAACGGCGCAAGCUGGUAGUAUGUGUUUACGUUGAUAGAACUAAUGGAAAAAACCUACAUAGUGCAGUGCCCUCUUACUAUCCAGCCUCCUGUUCUCCCUGCCUGUUUCCGUUAGUGUCUUAUGUUAGAGUUUUCCUGGAUAACAGACAUACAGAAGUAGGCUUUAAUAAUACACACUUUCAUUGCAAACACAAAACGUUAGGGAAUCGUUGGUGAGUUUUAAGACACCCAAAAGGGUUUGUCUAGAGUUUGCAAACACAACUUUUGAGGAAGUAGCCAUCCUCUCUUGAGGACAAGAAGUAAUAUAUUCUCAUUAAAAGGAUACUUUAGACUGCGUUUCUAAGUCCCCAAAUAGGAAGGGAGCGAAUGUUACUCUGGAUUCCUUAGCUUUUUAAUACCAAAUAGUAAUGCAGAGACCAGACUCCCUUGUAAUCUGUUUUAAUUCAUUUGAAUUAGAAGAUAAUCUCCAAGUAAUGCUUUCAUCAUAGUUUAUCUUGUCACUCUUUUUCAAAAAAAAAAAAAAAACCCAUAAAACACCUGGCAAGACAUCAUUAUUCCAUCUCUUUCUAAAAAGAGGAAAUAAUAUAUCAUGCUGGGUAUUGGAAAUAUAAAAGUUACAAAGGGUUUGUUUUUCCAUAAGUAAAACAAUAUGUGCUGCUGUGUCUACUAAGUAAGACAAAUUAAUUGGAAUCCAGGGAUAUUUACAGUGGAGUUAAGAGGUUUACUCAAUUACGGAGAAGAAGAUGGACAGAUGGAUUAAAUUCAACCAGUCCCCUGAUUCUCAUUAGAAUGUAAAACCAACCCUUAAGGGCAAGGAUGGAUGUUGGUAUUAAACUGGACAUCAUAAAACAUAAAACACACAGAGUUACUAUAUUAGAAAAAUCCAGAAAACAGGUAUUAAGCUGCAAAAUACUUGUUAAAAUCUCUCUCUCUCCCCUUUAAAUUUCUUAAUACUUCCUCUUCUCUUGGGAUAUUUGAACUUCUAAGAGAGCCCAAUACUACAGUUCUCCCUUUGCCUUCUCUGAAUGCCUGACCUUCAGGAAGCAAGUCCAGAAAUCUUUUCUUGUUAGGUUCAUUGCUGAAUGUCAAAGAAUUGACAAAACUUAAAAAUAAAUAAUAUCUUCCUAUCCCCCAGAGGAGGUAUGCUCUUGCUGGAAGAAGGGACAGACUGAAUUUUUAGAUCUGGAAUUUAGUUGGAGUAAGGAGUACACAGGUAGCAUGAUAAAAGGAAAGAAAAUCUAUAAUCCUUUCUACAUGUGAAAGGCUGUUGAAAGUCAGUUUGUCCUUGUCUUUCAAUUGCAUUACUUGGUUUUCUUAUUUAAUCUCAGGGGUUUGGAUUUGAGAGGGGGAUGGUUUCUCAGUGAUGCUCUUUGGGCUGUAGUAUAUACUGUGAAUUUGAACCAUCUUAAAACUACAAACCUGAGAGUAAGUGGGGAAGAAUUAAGUUCUUAAGAAAAAACAAUUCACUGCAGAACGAACAGCAAUGCAUCCUUCCAGACAAGAGCGUAGAUUUAAGUGUAAAAGUGAAAAGUGUUCUUGGCUGAAGUCCCCAGGGAAAGCCUUUUUGGUUUUGCCUGGGAUAGUAAUGGCUACAGCUCUGAGAAUUUUCAUCCAGGCACGAUUUUAUGUAAUGUGUGAUCUUGGGCUCUCCAGGGUGAAGGGUAGGGGUUAAGGGAAGUGGGAGGUGGGACAGGAAGAGUGAGGAAUGUGCAGCAGGUGGUACUGAGUGGUUUGGUUCUGAUUGCAUUGCUGUCUUGGCCAAAAGCCUACUAGAUGUUUACAAACACUGCUCCGAGUCAUUUUGCUGUGACCUAAUGGCCCAAGGAGUGAAGUGUGUUUUCUUUCUGGCUCUGUUAGUGCCCAGGUUGGUUUCUCCGGGCUGAAACCUGGCGGUGCUGCUGCAAAUUCCAGGCCAUGCAUUUGGUUCCUGUUCUUAGUGUUUGCCAUUGGAUCAUCUUAGUUACCUGUGGUCAUUCUUCUGUGGUAUUUUCUGGCCAUUGGUAAAGGGUUCUUUUCCCAUGAGUUGGGCUUAAGUAAUGCUGAUUCCUCUUUUCUGUCAUGUUUCAUUUUUUUGGUAAAGAUGUGCUUUGGAAAAAAGAAGACGGAGGUUGUGGCUGGAGCUUCAGUUUGGAGCCCAGUAGAAGGACUACCAUCCAAUUGGUUACACAUGGGUGGGAAGGAGGUUGAUGAUAAUAAGAAUAUGAAGCAUUCAUCCUACACUGAGGGAAAAAGCAGAAGAGAGUUAAAUUUUUUUUAAAAAAAUUCCUGUUUGCUCCAACAUUCAUGGCUAAAGGAUUAUAUUUUCUCCCUAAAUAGAGGAAGGUAUUUAAAAACAAAAUUAUAAGUAGUCAACUCAGUCAUGAAGUUAAUGCUCUUCAUGUGAAGAGUUGGAGCCUUAUAUUGAGUCUCUCAGUGGUAAACCCUCUGUCUCUGCCACAGGAACUCAAACUUUACAAGAUUAUGGUGGUUUUAGCAGCUAAGUUAAGGUGCAUUUGGAAGUGGAAUGCUUAUUGUGAUGGAGGCAGAGAAUGUUCAGAUUUUGGAAGUUAUUGUGUACAUGUAUGCUUUUAAGUAGCAUCUUCACCCUACCCUGACAUUGCUAUAAUUCCUCUAUAAAAAGUGCAGAUUUAAUUGUGUAAGUCCCUGAUCUAAAAUCUUUGGUGGAUCCCAAUGAACUAUGUUAACUCUAAACUCUUUAGCAUAGUGACUAAAAGCUCUUUAAAGCCGUGCCUUUUUAGCUUCCUCUUCCUAUCAAGGGCCCCUCACACUGUUCACACUUUUGAUUUCUUGCUCAUGGAUAUUCAUUCUCCUGGAAUUCUCUCUUCUUGGAAAGUCCCUCUUGAUUCUUGAUGGUCUAUUUCAAGUGGAAUUUCUUUUUGUAGAAUGUACCCAGUUCCCUGCAGAAAGAAUUAAUCAUUUCAUCUUGUCCAUUUCCAUGGUGUUUUGAACACACUUUGAAUAAUAAUUUUUUCGCCUCCUCCCUUACUAACUAUAGUAAGUUCCUUAAUGGGUGGGUUUCUGGAGGAGGACCCACCUGUAUCCUAGUGUCCAGCCAGUGUCUGAAAUACAUAGUAGACAUCUGUCAAUGUUUCCUCAAUAAAUGAGCAAGAAAAGUCAUGAAUGAAUAAAGUACUAGUGGACUCUACUUUAUGUAGAUACUUAUUUCCCAGAAGUUUAUUUGAAAAAUGUCUAUUUGAGCUUACGUUUUAUUUUCCAAAAGUAACAAUGCUACAAAACAUAUCUAAAUUUCAGCACAAGUCUCCACAUGCCUGUUUAAUUCCUAUAACAGAUGAAAUAUUGUGUUUUGCAAUUAUAAAGCAAAAGCAAAACGUAACAGAAAGCUACUGUGGAAUCAUCUUUUUCUUCUGGAAAUCACAAAACAUACUCGAGCUUUAAGAUAAAAGAAACAGUUAUAAUAGAUACAAAUUUUCCACAAUUGUUUUUUAUAUUAUACUAUAAAAUCUGUAAUCUAUCAAAUCCCAAUGGGAGGUCCUGGAUUUGGCCGUGAGGACCGAUGAUGGAGUUAAAUUGGGAGAUGCUGUUGCCUGUGGAACGGGCAAAAUUUUAAUCACACAAAAUAGAAACACUAAUUUUGUCUAUUUAAUAAUUAUCUUGAGUGCUAGUGCUUGAGGGAAACUGGAUUUAAUUAAAGGAGAAUGUGGAGGAUGGAGAGGAGGAAAUUCAGAGGGCCACCUUCUUUCAUGAUACCAAUUCAUUAUUAUAUUGAUUUUCUUUUCAUCUCAUUUAAGCACUUAGGCAAAUUCAAAGUUUCUAUGAAAAAAACAAUAACAACUGUUUUCUCUACAGUUAUUUCUGCUUCCUAACAUAUAGAAGGGGGUUGCACUUUAUUUGAGCAGUGAUACUUCUGUCACUUGUAUACCUUCUGUGUAGCAUUUGGAUAAUUUUUCAAUUAAGAAUACAUACUACCUGUGUCUCCAGCUCUAGUCAGGUAUCUUAAGCUCAAAUUGCUCUAGUAUAAUAUCUUUCAGAAGACUGGAAGAGCAAGCAUUGAUAUUGAGAGAAAUAGUCUACCCAGUUUUCUAAACCUUCCAUGCUCUCCAUUUUUAUCAUGAUCACAAAUUUCCCUACCCUAAUUAUAUUACAACACAUUUUUGUUACAUUAUCUUCAUUACACUGUGCUUUACUAUAAUACUCUACUUUUUACUGAAAGUCAAUGCAUAAGAGAAGGGCUGCACUUAUUAUGUUGUCACUUAUUUUAUGUAUUUCAAUAUUCCUUAUAUAAUGAUCUUCAUACAUUCAUCUUUGUUUUUAAUGCUUUAAAAAACAUGUCUCUUCUGGUUAAUUGGUGAUGUUUUUUUGGUUAGAAAAAGAGACUAAGAAAUCACCAGUUUCCUCAUUUUUGGCUUGUCAUCCAAGAAGCUGAACUAAACUUGAUGCUCAGUUGCAUCUUAGUCAAGGUUUCCUGACAUACUUUGCCUUGCUUUCAUGUACCUGUCAUACCCAUACCUUUUAAAUAAGUUAGCUCCAAUUCGUUAUGGAAACAGGUUGAAUUACCUUCCUUUUGUAUUCUUUUAACUCUUUUUUUAGACUUGUACUUAAAUAUGUGUAAAGUUCUACUUUUUAGUUUUAGGCUAGUGUUUUAGAGCCAAUAAUUUUUCCUAAUCAUUUUCAGUGGUUCCUUGAAACAUUCUAGGUACUGUUUUUGUAUUCUCUGAUAAAUCAAAUGUCCUUGGCAAGAAUUUUAUAUUUCUAGAAAAACCUUAGAAGGAAAAUCAUGUUUACUUUGAAAGUGUUAUAAGACCAAACAUGUUAGUUCUUUUCAAUAUGUAUAUCACAAAUGCAUAGAAGGCCGACUUAGGGAUAUAUCUGAAAAACAGUAAAAAAAAAAAAAAAAAAAAAAAAAAAAGGCCUUGUUUUUCUUACAAAUGAAACCUAUUAAUAAAUUGAGGCUUACAGAGCUGUAGUUAGGGCUGUUUUAUGCUUGUCAAAUUGAGUCUUCAGAAAAACAAAGUAAUUUUUCAAAUUCCCCAAAGCAGGGUUGGGGAAAUGGACUCAUUUUUGUUCUGAAAAAUGUCUCUCUCUUUGAGUUUCACAGACUCUCAUAAUGAUAAUCACUCUAAUGCAACAAUUUUCAACUAGCAUGCCGCAGGAAUUUUUAAAACAUGUAAUACCUGACUAUUUAGUCAGGGGCACUGACCUCUUUCCCCUUAGAUUGUCAAAUAAGAAAAUGACAAUAGCCAAUCCAAUAGUAGCUGCCCAGUGUGAAUGAAUCAAAAUUAUACCAAUUUUUUUGUCAGAUUGGCAAAAAAUAUAAUUUUUGGUGUACUGCAUAAUUUUAGUAAUUAGUUUAUGUAUGCCAUGAAAUGAGAAUGGUUGAAAAAUCUCUGCUCUAGUGACUUAAGUACCAGGCACUCCAUGCGGUGUUUGUUUUUCAUAUGUCACUUAUAAUUCCAGAGUAAUUAGAAGUAAUUAGUAAUUCUAGAAGUGAACCACGUUUUAUCUAACUCAGAUACUAUUAUUCCUAUUGUAUGAGAAUGUUGAGGCUCAGAGAGAUAAAGAAGCUUACCCAAGGUAAUGUGAUUACUAAGUGAUACAGAGUUGAGAAUCAAAAUGAGGUUCUACCAGAAGCCAAAUAGUCUGCUAUUGUUACUGUGUGACCUUCCUCACAUGCUUUUCUUCUUUUUAGUUAUUAACCUGAGAAUUAUAAUCUGUGUGUUCUGUGGGUAUAGACCCUGGUCUCAACUUAAUCUCCAUGCACUGGUCUUCGACUUCUCUUGUGGUUCUUUUAAGUGACAAUAUUCCUGUCCUGAGUUAGGGUCCUGGGGAUGGGUUGCCACCAUGAAGAUUCUCUUAUGAGAAAAGAGGCUCCAGCUACUACAGUCCCGUAACUGAAUUAAUCUCCAAUGAUCAGCCUGGCUAGAUUUUAUUUUCUGUGAAAAGUAAACAGAAAGGGUAUGGUCCCUGGGGCUUCUGUGACCUAUCCCCAUUAUUUAAUUCCCAGACAUGGAGACAUAUGCUCCAGGAACACUGUGUGUGACCAAUGGAGGUAGAGGAAUGAGAAGGGGAUAGUAGUCCUUGGCCUGAGGACUAGAGACCCAAUGCGGGAAAGCUGAAAGAUAGAAGGAGAGGGUGGUUUUGUUGGGGAUAGCAACUGAGAAGGGGAGAAAAUUGAGUUAGUGGUGGCAGUACUCACUGGGCACACAGAAAUGAAAUGAGCAACGGGGGAAGAAAUUUCCAAGCCAGACUCUCUCAAGGAAGGGCAUUUACCACAGGAAUUGUUGGCAUGCAUUGCAAUCCUGUUUGUAAAGAUACCCAGAGAAGAGAAUUGUCCAUCUUCCUUGAGGGUCAUCUGUGCUUGUUUUUGGAGUAUCUGGUUUUAAAAUGUCCCUUAUGAAGGAACUUCCAGCAAGAAAAGAUGAGCCAGGGGAUUCAAAAGAGCCUGUUGUUAUCUUGCUGUACAUAAUUUCCUAACCCUAGGCUUCAGCUAUGUUAGUAUUGCCUUCAGAGUUCCAUUUUGAUUUUGGUAUCUCAUGAGUUUUUUAUUGUAAAAUGGUCAAGUGCAAUGUUGAUAAAUUUAUAUAAACGCAUCUAUGGGGGAUACCAAAGUCUCCAGCCUUCUCGAGUUUUUUUUGUUUUGCUGAUUAGAACCUUCACCUUUUGAUAACAACUCACACUUUCACCAUGGAGUAAAUUUUAUGUAUCUAUGGUGUUAAGUUCAACUUGGCAGGUUCCAUGGGGGAACCUUGGUCUUUGGUGCCUUGAGAUGGGUGGAGGCCACAAGAAAUUAUCUGGGUGUGGAGUUCCAAGCACUUCUGCACAGCAGAUAGAGCUGCAAGAGGAGGAUGGAUGAGAGAAGGGCAGAGGCAAGGUCAUAGGAUAACAUGUUAGAAACCAAGGAAGCAGAAGAAAAGGCAAAUCCAGAGACAUCACUGGGAACUAGAAGCCAAGGAAAGCCCAUCAGCUUGAUAAUGGAGGAGAACAAUGACUCCGCUGAGAACCCCCAACAAGGCCAAGGGCGGAAUAAUGCUGUGAAGUGUGGGUGGCUGAGGAAGCAAGGAGGCUUUGUCAAGACUUGGCAUACCCGCUGGUUUGUGCUCAAGGGAGAUCAGCUAUAUUAUUUCAAAGAUGAAGAUGAAACCAAGCCCUUGGGUGCCAUUUUCCUGCCUGGAAAUAAAGUCCUGGAACAUCCCUGCAAUGAAGAGAGUCCAGGGAAAUUCCUUUUUGAAGUAGUUCCAGGGGGCGAUCGAGAACGGAUGACAGCAAAUCAUGAGAGCUACCUCCUCAUGGCGGGCACCCAGCAUGAUAUGGAAGACUGGGUGAAGUCCAUCCGCCGCGUCAUAUGGGGCCCUUUUGGAGGAGGCAUCUUUGGGCAGAAACUGGAGGAGACUGUCCGUUAUGAGAAGAGAUAUGGGAACCGCCUGGCUCCCAUGUUGGUGGAGCAGUGCGUGGACUUCAUCCGACAGAGGGGGCUGAAGGAAGAGGGGCUCUUCCGGCUGCCAGGCCAGGCUAACCUUGUCAAGGAGCUCCAGGAUGCCUUUGACUGUGGAGAGAAGCCAUCAUUUGACAGCAACACGGAUGUGCACACGGUGGCGUCACUUCUCAAACUGUAUCUCCGAGAACUUCCAGAGCCAGUGAUUCCUUAUGCGAAGUAUGAAGAUUUUUUGUCAUGUGCCAAACUGCUCAGCAAGGAAGAGGAAGCCGGUGUAAAGGAGUUAGCAAAGCAGGUGAAGAGUUUGCCAGUGGUCAAUUACAAUCUCCUCAAGUAUAUUUGCAGAUUCUUGGAUGAAGUACAAUCCUAUUCAGGAGUUAACAAAAUGAGUGCACAGAACUUGGCCACUGUCUUUGGCCCUAAUAUCCUGCGCCCCAAAAUGGAAGAUCCUUUGACUAUCAUGGAGGGCACUGUGGUGGUCCAGCAAUUGAUGUCAGUGAUGAUUAGCAAACACGAUCGCCUUUUCCCCAAAGACUCAGAACUGCAAAGCAAGCCCCAAGACGGAAUGAGCAACAACAACAAUGAAGUUCAGAAGAAAGCCUGCGUGGGUCAGCUACAGAACAAAGAGAACAACAAUACCAAGGACAGUCCUGUUCGGCAGUGCUCUUGGGAGAAGUCCGAAUCUCCCCAGAGAAGCAGCGUAGAUAAUGGCUCCCCCACAGCCCUGUCAGGCAGCAAAACCAACAGCCCACGGAACAGUGUUCACAAGCCGGAUGUCUCUAGGAGCCCCCCUCUUCUGGUCAAAAAGAACCCCGCCUUCAAUAAGGGCAGCGGGAUUGUCACCAACGGGUCCUUCAGCAGCAGCAAUGCAGAAGGUCUUGAGAAAACCCAAACCACCCCCAAUGGGAGCUUACAGGCCAGAAGGACCUCAUCACUGAAGAGCUCUGGCACCAAAAUGGGCACCCACAGUGUACAGAACGGAACAGUGCGCAUGGGCGUUUUAAACACCGACUCGCUCGGGAACCCCAUGAACAGCCGCGGCAUGUCCUGGCUGCCCAAUGGCUACGUGACCCUGAGAGAUAACAAGCAGAAAGAGCAAACAGGAGAGUCAGGCCAGCACAACAGGCUCUCCACCUAUGACAACGUCCAUCAGCAGUUCUCCAUGAUGAACUUUGAUGACAAACAGAGCGUUGACAGUGCCACCUGGUCCACGUCCUCCUGUGAAAUCUCCCUCCCUGAGAACUCCAACUCCUGCCGCUCCUCCACCACCACCUGUCCGGAACAAGACUUUUAUGGUGGGAACUUUGAGGACCCUGUUCUGGAUGGGCCCCCGCAGGACGAUCUUUCCCACCCUGGGGACUAUGAAAACAAAAGUGACCGGAGGAGUGUGGGAGGUCGAAGUAGUCGUGCCACCAGCAGCAGCGACAACAGCGAGACGUUUGUGGGCAACGCCAGCAGCAACCACAGUGCACUGCACAGUUUAGUGUCCAGCCUGAAGCAGGAAAUGACCAAGCAGAAGCUAGAGUAUGAGUCCAAGAUAAAGAGCUUAGAGCAGCGAAACUUGACGUUGGAAACCGAAAUGAUGAACCUCCAUGAUGAACUGGAUCAGGAGAGGAAAAAGUUCACAAUGAUAGAAAUCAAAAUGCGGAACGCAGAGCGAGCGAAAGAAGACGCUGAGAAAAGAAAUGACAUGCUCCAGAAAGAAAUGGAGCAGUUUUUCUCCACAUUUGGGGAGCUGACGGUGGAACCCAGGAGAACCGAGCGAGGAAACACGAUAUGGAUCCAGUGAGCCGGCUGCCUCCCGCUGUCUCUGGUGGAUCUGGGAAGGACUUUGGGGUUCCUGUGGGAGGAUUACGUGGGACCAGGUGACAGGUCACCUGGCUGUACAGUGUUCUAACUGGGGAAGGAGUAUCAUUUACAGACAUUACCCAUCCAUAUCUGCAAUGUGUACCAAAGUUAUAUCACGCCCCAUAUGCUACUGUCAAGUGUUACAACUGGAUAUGUGUAUAUAGAGUAGUUUUUUGAAAAGUAAACUAAAAAUGAGAAGCAUAUCUCAAGAAUUAUUUUAUUGCAAGUCUUGUAUUUAAAAUGUUAAUUCAAUAUGUUGUUGCAAUUUAGCUUGCUUUCAAGCUUCACCCCUUGCACUUAACAUAAGCUAUUUUUGGCAUUGUGUUAUCAUCAGCUUAUUUUAUAGAUCAAUAUUUUUAUUUCCCUUUUUUUGCUGAGGAAAUGAAGAUAAGCAGAUAUAUAAAAAUAUAUAAGUAUAUAUAUAAGAUGAGUUAUUAAAAGCAAAAGAAUACUUUGUGGCUGUGCUGUUUGUGCCAAUAGACCUUACCAUGACCAAAAAAAGAAAUGUAAAUCAUUCUAUGAAAUACGGUGGCAUCACCAGGAACCUUUGAACUGCUCUGUAAAUUCUUCCCUUGACACUGCUCAGUUUGCUUUGUGAUGAUUUGGCACAGGACAUGUUGGAUGUGGAAAAAAGUCCCUUUUUCCAGCCCCCUGGUCUGCCUGGUCAGGUCCACAGAUGCCUGUCUGCUACGCAGGAUGCACCUUAGAGGGGCAAAAUGGGAAAGAAAAACAUUUAACCAGUCAUGCCUUGAGUUACUCUGUCAUUCUGGCCUGAGUCUGUAACUGCUGGACGGUUACCUGAGAAAUUCUUCCUGCCCUUUGAGAGUUAGGAAAAAGGCUUACACCGCUUGCCCCACCCCUGCAAUGCCAUUUUCUGAGCACCUGCCUUUCACUCAGACCUCCCCCCCCCUCCCCAGGUAACUGCACUUUGGGGCUUGUCACCCUCAGUGAAACAGUAGUUCUGUGUCCCUCUCAGUUAAACCACUAGAGUGUGUACCACAAAGUGACAUUCUCCUCUCAGUUAGGCUCACUGUUCUGUUGUCACCUGGGAUUCUCUCUGAAGGACACAGAGGGCAAAGGCAUUUUGGAGCGAGAGAGAGGUGAUGGAGGGAAAGGGGACCAGAAAGAGGAGGAGACAGAAGAAAUGAACUAACAAUUUUGCUUCUGAUUUUCACAGUAUUGUUUUUCCCUGUUGGAAACAUAGUAAUUCACAGUCAUUUUCAAAUGAGAAUGCUUCAAGGUCCAAUUUUGAUGAAUUUGUGAACAUUAGUAAUGAUAACUUUCUAGAGAAUCUCAUGUUUCUCAAGAGUGAGAAUUUGGAGAGAACAGUUCUUCACACAUCAAUAUGGCAAUGCUUUUAUGAAGCCAAACAAAUAUAUCUUUCUCAAAGGAAAACAGAAAGUCACCUUUAAAGCAUAAUUGGAAAUAAACACCACUUGAGUUUAUGGGA